GAGGGCAUCUAUAAGGCCGUUAACGUGAGGAAACUUGAAAGUCCCGAGAUGCUCGAAAACGCCCACAGAGAGCUGGAAGAGUGCCAAGAUGUUGAACUCCUUCUCAACAAGGGCUACGAGGUAGCUGAGCUGAAUCGUUCCCCGGGCUCCGUACAGGGUCCCGGCCAGCAGACCCCGGCGGGCAGGUCUGAUGGCAGCGCUGCGAU